CUCUCGUCCAUGACGGAUGUGAAGCGCUGAUCUCCUCUAGUUUUUUUGGGGCUUCUAUCAAAUGUGCAGGCAGAUACAGCUGUAGGAAUGGAGGAAGAGUUACCAUCAAGUAGCAGUGUGGACCAUGCUGAGGGAGCCCAAGAUGUACCGAAAAGAAAGAGACGGAAGCGAGAAAGCUACAUCUGGGAGUAUAAGCAACAGAAGCUGCAGAGGAUUCAUGAAAGGGUUGACAAGUUGACAAGUGGACCAGCUCCUCCUUCCUGUGUUUUUUUCUACAUGGACUAUGGGAGCAAACAGAUUAAGAGUACAGGUCCAAGCCACAUGAAGGAGUUUCUGCAAGAUAGAACCAUCCUGGAGAAAUUCGAGAGGCUCAGUGCAAAUCGGCCCACAAAGUUGAGACCAAGUGGACCAACAGCCAUGGAGACAAUACCUGAACAGGAGGAGGAAAAAGCAAAUGAUGUAUCAUUACAGCAGAUAGAUCCCCACCAGAUAUCUGUGGCCAAUCUGCGCCGAAUCAUUUCUUCCAUUGCAAAAGGAAACAGAAACUUCUGGACACAUGAAAAUCGGCCAGGAUGGUGGCCUGACGAGCUGCCAUUUGCAUCACCAAGUGCGCCAUGUAUCAUGGGAGGCAAGGAAAGGAAGCUCCGCUUGCCAGAACUGAUCAAACUCCUCAGUGCGUACCAGAUGUACCUACGGGCUAAGUCAUCAGCUCUACCCGCGUCAGACUCCCAUGGCCAGUCAUCAGCUCUACCCGCCUCAGACUCCCAUGGCCAGUCAUCAGCUCUACCCGCGUCAGACUCCCAUGGCCAGUCAUCAGCUCUACCCGCCUCAGACUCCCAUGGACAGUCAUCAGCUCUACCCGCCUCAGACUCCCAUGGACAGUCAUCAGCUCUACCCGCCUCAGACUCCCGUGGACAGUCAUCAGCUCUACCCGCCUCAGACUCCCGUGGCCAGUCAUCAGCUCUACCCGCCUCAGACUCCCAUGGACAAUCAUCAGCCACAAUCAACCAGGAGCCAAAGGCAGCUUUGCAACGCCUUGCAAAAAUCAAAGACUGGGACACUUUCCAGAAAUGCUGCAGAGACAUUGAUGAGCACAUUCAGCUGCCACAGUUGCAAUACGCAACUUUUGAAUCUGCAAGUCAAAAGAAGACAGGUUACACAAACAUCCCUGUCAAUCACGUGGCAUUAGAGACAACUGGAGAUGGGGAUUGCUUGUUUAACGCUGUGAGCAUCGCCUUAACUGGCAGUGAAGAACACGCAGCAACCUUUCGACUGGGAGCUGCAGCAUAUGGAGGCAUGCAUGCAGACCACCUCAUUGAACAGUACAUUGCUGAUGGCAUCAGCAAUGUGGGUUCUGCACAAAUGCUCCUGCAUAGCGUCUGUACAGAGGAUACAGCUAAUGCAUGUAGUGCAGUCAGCCCGAGGGAGAUCGUCGAAUAUGCCAUUAAGGAGGAGGCAAAGGCAACAUCCAAGAUGGGAUCAUACUCUGGGCUGAUGCAGACCUCCUUCCUAUCGGGCUUCUGCAAACAUAUCAUCACUCUGCACUGCCAGGAUGCUAGCAUCACCUGGUAUGACAACAGGCCCAUGUCUCCAUGUGGAUGCGUGGACUUUGAUGUCAUUGGGGAGGUGAAGGUGAUGCUCGUCAGGCGAACCGAACUGUCACAGUUAAACCACUUUGUGGCUUUGAUCAGGUCAAGUGGAAGAGUGUCAAGACGGGAGGAAAGGCCUCCAAUACCCAGGCUUCCUGGUAUUGAGGCGGAGUCAGCAUGUGUUGCCACCCUUGGAAUGGGGUGUGCAGUGAAGAGGUACUGGGAGAAACAAAUGAUGGUCCAGUGCGACAGAUGCAAGUCGUGGUCCCACAACAGGUGCAUACCAGUACCAGAAAGGGAGGAGUGGGAAGCACUCCCUUUCUGCUGUUGUGCGGAGGACAAAAGAAAGGCAUUCCACAACACCCCCAACAUAACCUUGCUGAACAACCUUGCCACUUAUAAGGGAAGCCCCUGGCGGGUGCUUGUCAAACUUGCGGAUGUGGUCAGCCUCAAGCCGACCUAUUGGCUGACAAGUAGCCUGGUUGACUUUUAUGGAAGACACCUAGCAUAUGCCAAAGCGCAGAAUGAGGAGGCAUUUGGAGAGGACACCACCAUCAACUUCAAGAUUUUGCCAUCCACCUUCAUCUUACAACUGGAGCGUGACAUCGCCAGACAGAAGAGUCCCUCUGCAGUGCAUAAGAGCUACGUGAAAGACAUGCAAGGGAUACAGUUCAUAAUUAUCCCAAUUUGUCGUGAAAACCACUGGUGGCUCUUAUGCAUUACUGAACCAAAUGACCACAAGAGGACUUGCCUGCUAGUGCUGGACAGUUUGGCACCAGGACCAGCACACCACAGGGAAAUUGACGCCAUCAAGAGGUACCUGUCUGCUGUAACAAAAGAAAACUGUACCUCAGUAGCAGUGCUGAAUGUUAAGGUGCCCCCUCAAGAGAAUGGCAACGACUGUGGCCCACACAUCCUAUACAACAUGGAGUGGAUUGUAGAGAACCAGCCCAGCUGUAUGGAAAACUUGGUGAUUCCUCGACCUGAAGAGAACAUUGGGAUCUUCAUGCGAAGGAAGAUCAGGAAAACACUCUUCAUGUACUUCAAAUUCAAUGAAGCUAUACCAAUGAGUGCGUAGGGUUAUUAACAGCAAAAGUUUCUUGAAUGUCAUUUAGCUUUAAUAUUCACCUCCUGUAUACUCACCUGAAUCCAGGCCAGUAGGUACCCUUUCCAGGGUAAUGAGGCUAUCUGUGUGGUUUAUGCAGUUUUGGCAGUCAGUAUGAAAGAUGUAACUGUAACAGUCUGGGUGAUGUUUCCACUCCAAAGCCAAUUUGGUCUUGAAGGCAUUACUGAGCUAAUGUCAUGAUUCACUGUUCCUGGUGAGAGUUUGUUCCAGACUGGGGUUGCUCUUGCUGAGAAGAAGUUGGAUCUGGGUCCAUUUGAUUUUGAAUUUGGAACUUGUAGGCAUGCCCUCUAGUUUAUUUGGAUUCACUUGGCAUGAACAUUGACUUAUUACAUCUAGGUUACAGUGGUUUUCUGUACGCAGCUUGUAAAGUCCCUGGGAAAUCUUAAACUCCACAAUAUCGGCUCUCAGACAACGGAAAUAUAGUAUUGGUAAAUCCAGGACUAUGAGCCUGCCACAGUAUGGGAGAUGAGAAAUGGACUGAACAAUCAAGAUGCCCUACGCUGCACUCUCUCCAGAGAGUCCUGAUUCCUCCUUGUUUCUUGACUCAAGAUGACUCUGGCAUACAAUGUAUUUGAGAUGGGCCUAACAAGACUUUUAUACAAAAGUGAAAAUGACUCUAUGUCCAAGUGCUGGAAAGUGUGCUUGAUAGUUCCUCACAGUUUGUUUUGCUCUGUUAACUUGCCCCUGAACAAGCUGGCUAAAGGUCAGUUUAUGGUCAAUCAAAACCCAGAGAUCCUUCUUUGUUUGUGGUGCACACCAUUCUCUUUGCCCCUUGUAUAUCUGGGUUAGGGAUUAUGUAUGGGGAUAAUCUUUUUUUUUUUAAUUUUUAAGAUUUUUACUGUAUUUCCAAGCAUGAUACAAGUUUGUGGAAACUUCUCUGAGAUUCUUAGUUGUUUUAAGAAAUGUACUUACUUCUUGAUCUUAAGCAGCAGUACCUUAAUAUAUAUGUUGAUUAAGGGUACUGACAGAUUAUUAUUGCUCUUUUUCUUAUAAAAAUAGAUAAACCCCAGUUAUGGUCACCUAGUGUAGAGCAGUCUAACAUACGUAGUAUAGCUUUCUAAAUUCAGACUGACAUUGUAUUAGGAGCCCAAGCUUGUGAAGGUACUGUACUAAGUACAUGUACAUGUAUGUGUACAGUCACUUAAAUGUGGAUUUAUUCCUCAAGAAUAUUAGAUACACCAAGUAUAAGGGCCAUGAUCUGUUCACAGUUAUGUAGUUUUUUGUCUUUUUUGAGAAGUGGCACGAUUUCGUACAUUUUCCGUUGUCUUAAAAAGUUCUAUGCUCCCACUUUCAACACCCGAUUCACUAGUGUGGAUAUUAUGUACCGCCCGGUAAUCCCAUUCACAUUUCUGAGAUGUGAGAUCAUGAGGUGUGUUGGAUAUAUAGUCUUAUUUUUAAACACAUGGUUAAACAAAAAAUGAUCAGUUGUCAACUGUGCAAAAUGGUAGAUAGUGAUGAGAGACACUACCCCAUCCUCUAGUUUUACUUCAUACAAAGGUUAUUGCCUACUUUGUUUAGAAUGUUAGGAAAAACACUAGGCCUAGAACCUCUUUAAAAUGUGGUCAACAAUGACCACAC